UGUAAACAUCUGAUUUUAAACUUCAGUUCGCGCGCCGCAACAGCUGCUUUCAUUCCGUACUUAAACUUAAGUUCGUUCCGUGAUGUCCACCGAAAACCUAGCGCCGGAUGAGAUCCAGCGGCUGUGCCGGUUGUGCCUGACCGACGAUGACUUGCAGUGUGCGCUCUUUGGCGCGGAUUCCAACUCCAACCUAGCCCAGAAGAUCUUGGAGUGCACUUCCAUUCAGAUUGAAAACAUUCCUGGCGUACCGGGAUUUCUGUGCGAGGUGUGCAAAUCCAAACUGGUCAUUUGCUCGCAGUUUAUUUCACAAUGUUUAAAGACGGAUGAGAAGAUUAGACGGAUUUAUGCGAAGCAAUUUGAGCAGUUUGCGAAAUCGCACGUGGAAAUUGUCAGCAAAGAAAGCAGCCAGAUUGAAAUACUCGAUUAUUUCGUGGAAGAUCCAGCUUCUUCCGAGGCGGACGGAAAGCAGGGCUUUCUAAUUGAAGUUAUAGAAGAAGCGGAAGAGCUUGAAGAGUCGCAAAAUGAUCAGAAAGUGACUGAAAUCGAGCUAUCACUGGAUGAAAGUUCAGGGCAGUUGGUCAACCUGGAGCAGGAGGCGAAUGACCCCUCCUGGGAACCUCAGGUUAUGAACAAAAUAAAUUCAGCAGAAAUUGAAUUAUCGGAAGCUCCUUCGGAGAAAGAUUGCGCUAAGAAAGUGCAAGAAGAGUCUUUUUCUGAGCAAGAUAAAACUUCAACCCCAAAUAAUAAAUCCAAACAUAGGCUAAAAGGCAAAUGCACCAUUUGUGGAGUUCCUCAACAAAACAUGAAACAGCACAUGGCCGUUCACACCGGCAUCAAGAAACACAUCUGCCAGUUCUGCAACAAAGCUUUUGCCCAGCGAGGAAAUUUAACGAUCCAUCUGAACAUUCACACCGGAAAUAAACCCCACAAGUGUGACCAAUGCACGAAGAGCUUUGGCGAUCCGACCGCGCUAAAGCUGCACAAGGUGAACCAUACCAGCGAGCUAAAGUACCAUUGCACCAUUUGUGGGUGCAACUUCAAGUAUCCGCACUCGCUGAAGAGUCACAUCCGGAGCCACAAUAAUGAACGGAACCAUGCGUGCUCGUACUGUGAUAAGGCGUUCAUCACGGCCAACGUCCUAAAGCGUCACAUCCGCACCCACACGGGUGAACGACCCUACCGGUGUGACCUUUGCGCCAGAACGUUCGCCUCGGAUUGGAACCUGGCAACGCACAAGAAGUCGCAUCACGACAUCCAGGUCACCAGGUGCUCCUCCUCCUCCGGCCGAAGACCGUCAUCAUCAGCUGCCAGGUCAAAGCCGAACGGGCCGCCGUUUGGGUGCGAUCUGUGCAAGUCCAGCUUCCGGCUCAAAGCAAACCUCAAGAAACACAAGGCGAUUCACGAGAAACAGAAGCGAUUGGCCGCCGAGAAGUAACGCGAGAAAAUUUGAAAUAGAAAGCGUAUUUUGUUAAGGAUGAAAUGUGUUUUUAAAAGUUUUUGUUAUUGAUGACUGCCACAGAAAAACCCAUUAAAAAUCCCAAAAACCCACAACUAAAGUGACUUUAUUUGCCCAACUGUUGGCACUCUUCUGUUGACACAAUGAAUCUCCAAACCCAUUUCGCAUAUAACCGGUCUAACCAGCACACUCCCACGACGUUUCGUAAUGUGGGAAGAAGGUCGGAAGUUGAUGUAUUUCGCUAAAACGUGACAACCUCUUCACCGAUGAUGGCGCGCAAAAAUUUUGCCCUUGAAAAUUUCAACGCCUGCAGAAAUUAUCUGUGCGUAAAAA